AUGGCUGGGUGGACUACGAAGCAAAAAUCCAACAUCGCUGACUCCUCAGCAAAUCCACCCCGUUCCAAGUGCAAAAAAAACCGUCUAGUUGCUUUUAUUGUUGAGAACACUAACAUCCACUUGAAACUGUUUGGGGAUUCUACCAAGUUGGCUGUGUCUGAAGAUAGGCCAAAGGUAUCCAAUCACCACACUAAGAAGUUCUACCAUGAGCAGGUUGCUGUUGCAAUCUGGGAUGUGGAGGAUGAACCAGAGCGUCCUUUUUUUCUUGCAAACAAGGCCAAGUAUACACAAGCAGUUAAUUCCUGCAUCGACAAUCUUCACAAGGAGUAUAAAAAGCAUGCCAAAACUCUCAGUCAAACCAGGAUUGGUCUGGACAAAAUUGAGAUCACUAUUGAUGCCAUUCUGGAGGAUUUCCCUUGGUGGCAUGAUCUGAACCCAAUCUGGUGUGAAUUACCGAAGUAUAAUGUGCUGACUACCAGCAACUCUACUGCAGAUGGUCAGGAACUUGCAACCCAUUUAGAUGGCAUCCUCAAUUCCUUGUCUGAAAAAGGUGGAGCAGUAGUGGAGGGCAAUUCUGAGGACAACUCUCAACUUCUGUGCUGCCUCCACAUCUCCAAUUGGAUCAUCACCACCACCAUCCUCACCCCUUGUGCUGUUCUCUGA